UUGCAUCAUAAUCAAUAUAUAGCUGCAUUUACAAGUGAAUCGAUCUUAAAUCAAAUAUCAAAGUAAUUACAAAAUACUCUAAGUAGAGUAGUUGUCUUUCUUAUUCCACCAAGAAGAAACAGACGAGGAAUAUGUUUGGCUUCCUUGUCAAGCCAUUUUUUGUUUACUCUUCUUUCUCUUCUCUCGAAAAAGCCUUUCUUUUUCAAUCCAAUCCUUUGAUGAUAAUAGUCCGCCAUUAAAGCUCUCACGGAAGCUCCCACGAGACCACCUUGUUUCCACCACACAAAACCAGACUUUUCCUCUCACGAGAUAUCGGAAUACCAAACCCCAUUUGCUCUCUGCUUUACAGCUUUGUCUCCUCUCUUCUUCUCUUUUGUGUGUAUAUAUAUAUAUAUAGUCUCUGUUUCUUGAACCUUCAACGGCAAAGUGUUUCAACAAUGAUGAUGAGAUUUGCCAAGUUGUUAUGGUGUUUGAUGUUUCUGCUUCGAUUGACGGAGGCCAUUCUCGACCCAGUUGAUUUCUUGGCUCUGCAAGCCAUUCGUAAGUCGCUCGAUGAUUUGCCAGGUUCCAAGUUCUUCGAGUCUUGGGAUUUCACCUCUGAUCCCUGCGGCUUCGCCGGCGUCUACUGCCAAGGUGAUAAAGUGGUUAUCCUCAAUCUCGGCGAUCCUCGCGCCGGCUCACCAGGUUUAUCUGGUCGGAUCGACCCGGCUAUUGGCAAGCUCUCUUCUCUCACUGACCUCUCCAUUGUCCCCGGUCGAAUCAUGGGUGCUUUACCGCCAACUCUCUCACAGCUCAAAGACCUUCGUAUCCUCGCUAUCAGCCGUAAUUUCAUCUCCGGUGAGAUUCCGGCCAGUCUUGGCGAGGUUCGCCGUCUUAGAACACUCGAUUUGAGCUACAAUCAGCUAACCGGAACUAUCUCCCCGUCGAUCGGAUCCUUACCGGAGCUCUCCAAUUUGCUCCUCUGCCACAAUCACUUAACCGGAUCAAUCCCACCCUUCCUCUCUCAAACACUAACCCGAAUCGAUCUAAAACGUAACAGCCUCACCGGCUCAGUCUCUCCGGCGUCUCUCCCUCCGUCCCUGCAAUACCUCUCACUCGCCUGGAAUCAGUUAACCGGACCGGUAGACAGGGUUUUACUCCGGUUAAACCAGCUCAAUUACCUCGAUCUCAGCUUGAACCGGUUUACCGGUACAAUCCCCGGUCGAAUCUUCGCCUUCCCCAUCACGAACCUUCAGUUACAACGCAACUUCUUCUACGGUUUGAUUCAGCCGGCGAGUCAAGUGACGAUCUCGACCGUAGAUCUCAGCUACAAUCGAUUCUCCGGCGGCAUAUCUCCGCUUCUCUCGAGCGUAGAGAACCUCUACUUGAACAGCAAUCGAUUCAUCGGUGAAGUGCCGGCGAGCUUCGUGGAGAAUUUGCUAUCGGCGAGUAUACAGACGCUGUACCUGCAGCAUAACUUUUUGACGGGGAUACAGAUUAGCCCCGCGGCGGAGAUCCCGGUGAGCAGCUCGCUGUGUCUGCAGUAUAACUGUAUGGUACCGCCGUUGCAGACGCCGUGUCCGCUUAAGGCCGGCCCACAAAAGACUAGGCCCAGUACACAAUGCAACGAGUGGCGAGGGUAAUAUCGUAAAUUACGCAUUCCUAUAUAAUUUGGGGGUUUUUUAAUUUAUUUUAUUUCUUCAGAAUAUAUAUUUUGUAAUAGUUUUUGAGGGACACACACACUCACAGUGUUUCGAUGUGUUAAAAAAACAAAAAGAAAGAAAACGUUUAAAGGAAAAAAAAAAAAAGACGAUUCGUUAUUCGUUGGUUGUGUAGAAGUGAAUAAAGGAUUUUGAUACGUGAUGCUGAGGAUUAGCAUGAGUGAAGUCCAUCUAUUUUUAUCUUUUGUUUGCGUAAUUAAAACUGGAAAAUGACGGUUCUGUUUUA